GCCGAGAUUUUCAUUAUUGCCGCGCCGACCGACGCGAACGCGAUUGAUAAAGUCAAAUGAAACCCGCAAUAUACGUUGGUCAUUGCUGCCAUUGGACUCGCCCUCUCGAUCCACGAUGUCCAGAGCCCUGUUGAGCCCUGUGGAAAAGGUCCGAAUAGCUCAUGAGCUACGUCAGACGAUUCGCGAGCUGAGAGAUAGAGGAUUGAUAGUCGCUGCCAAAUGGGCAUCUGAACUACUCCAAUCCUUACCAAAGGAAUUCCGUCAAGCUCCUCAUCUACCAUUCUCUCCACCUCCUCAACCUCUCCUCCAGCUUGCAUCUUCGCCUCCAUCUGGUGGACCACGACCCUCCUUGGGCGAUUUCUUACCACCUCCCGGUCCUCUUGAGCCGCUCGCCGGUCCCAGUAAAGGCUAUACGACGUCUCAUGGUGUCGACAUGGAAGAAGAGGAUGAUAUCCUCGAAGAAGAUAUGUUUCAACUCGCGAAAGGGUACUUUGACAUGAAAGAGUUUGAUCGAGUCGUCUGGGUCUUAAAGUCGGCCAAUGGGAGACGUGCCAAAUUCCUCAGAAUCUACUCUGCCUACCUCUCGGCCGAUCGCAAAGCUCAAGAAGCUCUACCUCAUUUUCUCGAUACGAAACAAGAACGAUUAUCCCUCUAUCCACCACUCAACGAAUUGAUCAACGAGCUAGAAGGCGAGACGGACCCUUAUCUUGUCUACCUCAAGGGUCUCAUGCACAUGCGUGUGGAUCAACGUCAGGCAGCUGUAUCAUGCUUUGUACAGAGCGUCAAGGAACGACCCUAUAAUUGGAGUUGUUGGAGUCAAAUGGCUCAACUGGUCAAUUCGGCCGAUAUGUUCAUAGAGCUCAAAGAGAGCUUGCCGCCUUCACCUAUGCUCACAUUCUUCGCUAUCACCGUCAUGUUGGAUCUACAUACUGCCACAGACCUUGUCAUGAGCAUGAUCAAAGAGUUAUUGGAGGUUUUCCCCUCGAGCGUUCAUCUGAACGCUCAGACAGCUCUGGUUUACUAUCAUAUGCGGGACUUUGAGACCGCUGAAAAGCAAUUCGACGCUGUCCAGGCGGCUGAUCCAUACCGAAUGGAAGAUGUCGAUAUCUACUCCAAUAUGCUGUACGUCAUGGACAAGAGGUCCAAGCUUGGCAAGCUAGCGCACGAGUACGCAGAGAUUGAUCGAAACAGGGCAGAAGUGUGCUGCUUGAUUGGCAACUAUUACUCUUCUCGCUCGGAUCAUACAAAGGCCAUCACCUACUUCAAACGCUCACUCAUGCUCAAUCGAGAUUAUCUUCCGGCGUGGACAUUGAUGGGACACGAGUUUGUCGAAUUGAAGAACAGUCAUGCAGCUAUCGAGGCGUAUCGUAAAGCCAUUGACGUCAAUGCAAAGGAUUACCGCGCAUGGUAUGGUCUCGGACAAGCUUACGAGCUACUCGACAUGCCAAUGUACGCGAUCGAAUACUACAAUCAAGCCACAUCACUAAGACCUUAUGAUUGUCGCAUGUGGACCGCCCUCGCAACCGUCUACGAAGGUCUUCAACGUCUACCUGAUGCCAUUCAAGCUCAUACGCGAGCUUUACUCGGUGCCGAUCGGAUUCAAACGCCAACCAUCCUCGCCAAGCUAGCAGCAUUACACAUGUCUUUAAAUCAACAAGCCGAAUCCGUAGGGUAUCAUCAAAAGAUUCUGGCUUUAGGCGAGAGAUCAGGAUUACCUACCGCUGAGAUGGCGGCGAGUUAUCUCGCGAUUGCGGAAUGGGAAAUGAGGGAGGGAUCGACGUCAAUCGAUCGAGAUGGAUCCGCCGAGUCCAGUCGUGGAGAUUGGACUUUGGCCGCUCAGUAUUUAGAGAAGGUCUCUCAGACCAAUGCCCCUCAGAGGGAUAAAGCAGAAGAGGCAUUGAGGGAGCUGAGGUUAAGAGAAGCGAGAGCCGCGGCGAGUGCUUGAAAACCUGCAUCACGAUACAGAAGACAAAUGUCAGGAGGAGCAGCACAGCAGAUGCAUUUCGCCUAUGGAUACAA